CAACCUCAACCUCCUCAAUUUCAACGUUCCAACUUCUCCACGUCGGAAAUAGCGGCCCGCAGGCAGCUUGAGGAACCUGGCACUAUGCAUCCCCUUAUUCGUGCCUCGCUGACCUCGGGCGUCUUGUUCACAGGAGGCGACCUCCUUAGCCAGCACAUUGUUCCUCAACCCACCGCACCGAGCACCGUCAGCACCCUAUCGUCGCUAGACGACAAGAAUGCACCGACGACCUGGCGGGACGUAGACAUCGAUUGGACGAGGACAAGCAAGUUCGCCAUUCUGGGCGCUUUCCUCCAUGGUCCAUACUUUCUCUACGGGUUUAGAGCUAUCGAUCGCUUUUGGGGACCCCAACCAACGCUUUGGAACUCGAUCCGAAAGUCGGCCACUUCACAAGUAACUAUUUUCCCACCGUUCGUGUUCCUGUUCCUUUCAUCGUCCGCGCUACUAGAUGGACAGCCGCCAGUGGAUCGACUGCAGAAACGGUUCAAAGAAGUCAUCAUUAACGGAACUCUGGUCUGGCCCGCCGCUAACGUGUUGGGAUUCCGCUUUGUCCCUGCCGGAUGGAGGUUGCCAUACAUAAACUUCGUCGGAAUUUUCUGGAAUACGUACCUCUCAAGUAUUACUGGGAGCAUGGCACGACGGAACCUUGAAAUCCCGGUAUAAGUAGUGCUCGAGCCGGGCGAUCAAGAGACGUUGAAUAGAUGAGCUGGAGAGUAGUGCGUUUCUAUACGCGCACUCUGAUUGAUCAGAGGGGGAGAGAUAUACAGCGAUAGAUAGGAAGCUACUUAAGAUGAACAUGACGUUGGGUCGAACUCUGCACGAGGACCUCUCGACCUUCUCCGACGCGGGAAAACAACUUACCAAACGCCGCUCGCCAUUUCCACCGUCUCCAUACCCAAUCGCAACCGGUUUAGCCAAAGCGCUAUCUGUUCGCAGGGCAUGUCGUGUUAUAGGGGCUACGG